AUGCUUCUUAUCAACCCUCCCCUUUUAGAAGAAGGGAAACCAGUAAAAUGGCCAGAAUUAAAUAACUCUUGGAAACAGAUUUACUUCGUUGGAUUUACGGAUCGUCAUUAUCUUUUACAACAUAUCACUUAUCAAAUGGUACCAGUUGACAUCGAUAAAUGCAGAGAGUUCUACAAGCAAGAAGAGUUGGAUUUUAAAUAUAUUUGGCCACGUCAUGUAUUAUGCUCUAAAGGCGCUGAAUCAAAAAGCCAGUGUACGUUUGAAGCUGGUAUGGCGUUAGUGGCUAAUAACAAAGGAACAUUGACUUUGGUAGGUCUAAGUAUAUCUGGACCUGGCUGCAGUUUGCCAUCUCGUUACAUAGAGUUCUUUCCAUAUAUUCCAUGGAUUAAAUCCCAUAUAGUAACACUAAAUCUAAAUUUUACAAGGCGAAGUGGUACCACCAGGAAGAAAGACGUCGUACCGAUUGAUCCCAGUUUAAAUAUUGUCAGCGAUUCACAUUCAAUGGAACAUGAUUUUUAUGUGACAAAAAUUAAUGAUACGACAAUGGUGUUGAAUGCCGCAUACGCCAAUAUUAAAGAAUAUAUUGGAGACUGUCUGGACAAUCCAGGUGUUAUGAUGUACAGGGAAGCUGGAAUAAUUAGAGCGAAGGGAUAUAAUACUGGAGUUUAUGCGCUGUCAUUAUACGAUCUAUUUUACAAUAAAAUUACAUGCGUCAUGGUGACUCUGAAAUGUAAAAAACGUUCCUUAAGUAAAUUUUGGUACGAGAAAGGCUUUCGUAAGGAUGACUUAUCGGAUAUCAUCAAAGUGAUACCAGUUGCGAAAAGAGGGAAACCAGUCCCUCCGAAGAUAUUAUUUCUAACAGAUAUGUAUCAUCGAUACGAUAAAAUAAUAACCGCGAAUAUUUAUUUUAAAUUUGAAUUUAAACAUGAAGCAACGAUCAACAUUGAUUUCUUUGGAACCCUCGUCCCUACUACUACAACUACUUCUACUAUAAAUAAUUAG